UUUGCUUUACAUUUCUCUAUCCAUUUCCCUCAAAUAUUUCUCUUUUCCUUGUCUAAAUCAUGGCCGAAUCCUUUGUAUUUAACGUUGCAGAAAACGUCAUUUCGAAACUAUGCGAUCUUGCUCGCCAAGAAAUUAGCCUAGCUUGGGGCAUUCGGGCGGACCUUGAAAAGCUUGAAAGCACGUUAACCACCAUCAAAGCUGUGCUUUUAGAUGCUGAAGAGAAACAGGUUCAUCGGAAUCAACUCCGGGUUUGGCUACAAAGGCUGAGGGACGCCUGUUACGACACAGAAGAUGUAUUGGAUGAAUUCGAGAUUGAAGCAUUGAGGAAGCAAGAUCGGAAAGAGAGUAGGAUCGGAGAGAAGGUAGGUUAUUUCCUUUCAAGUUCAAACCCACUUGCUUUUCGAUUUAAUAUGGCCCAAAAGAUUAAAGAAGUACUACAGACCUUCCAUGAUCUUCCUGAGUUGAAAAACAACUUUCAUCUCACAGAGAUAUAUGAUUGGUCAAGGCAUGACCGGCGCUUCGACAGGGAGACCCACUCCUUCGUGCAAGCAUCGGAGGUAAUUGGCAGAGAUGACGAGAAACAAAAAAUUGUGAACAUGUUAACGCAAGAUGAUCCAGCUGGUGAGGAAGACAUACCGGUGCUUGCCAUAGUUGGAUUAGGAGGUCUGGGGAAAACGGCUCUUGCCAAACUGGUUUUCAAUGACAUUUGUGUGCAUAAUCACUUUGAGUUGAAACUCUGGGUGUGCGUUUCCGAAGAUUUUGAUCUGCAACUAUUGGUGCUAAAAUUCGUUAAAUCCUUUAAAGCCGAAAUGGGUGGUGAUGGAGACCUUGGAAGCAUGAACUUGCAACAAUUGCAGAUGGCAUUGCGAGACUGCUUGAAUGGUAAAAGGUAUUUGCUUGUGUUAGAUGAUGUCUGGAAUGAAGAUAACAAAAAAUGGGUGGAACUGAAACAGCUAUUACCCGGAGGAGCUACCGGAAGCAAAAUCAUUGUUACCACUAGAAGCAAUAAAGUAGCAAAGAUCACAGGUACAGUCUCCCCACACAAUUUGAAAGCUCUUCCUUACAACAAAUCUUUAUCUUUGUUUCUCAAAUUUGCUUUCAAGAAAGGGGAAGAGAAACAACAUCCAAACCUUGUGGAAAUUGGCGAGGAAAUUGUCAAGAAAUGCAAUGGAGUUCCACUGCUACUGAAGACAUUGGGGAGUAUGCUUUUCUCCAAAACUGCAGAGCGGGAGUGGGAACUUGUGAAAAAUAGUGAGACUUGGAGAUUAAUGGAGAAAGAUGAUGAAAUGGUUUAUGUUCUGAAACUAAGUUAUGAUCAACUGUCUCCUAGGUUGAAGCAAUGUUUUGCUUAUUGCUCACUCUUCCCCAAGGAUUAUGAAUUUAUCGAGUUUGGGUUAAUCUCAUUUUGGAUGGCUCAUGGUCUGCUUGAAUCAUCGGAUGAAAAUGAAAAUCCGUUUGAUAUUGGUAGGCAGUAUUUGAACGAACUGUCGUCAAGAUCUCUUUUUCAAGAUUUUAGGGUGGCAUUUCUUUAUAGUGUAUUCAAAAUGCAUGAUCUUUUACAUGAUCUGGCCUUAUUGGUAGCAAAGAACGAGUGUUGUUUGGUAAACACUUUCAAGCAAAAGAUUGCCCCAAGUAUCCGGCAUGUGUGCCUCAUAAACUCCGAUUCCUCCAACGAAAGUGCUUCCGAUUUCCUUGGUAAAUUAGGACAUGUGCGUACACUAAGGUUUACAAAUAUGGGAAAGACUGCAACCAGCAAAUCCUUGGAUGAAAAUUGUCUCAGUAGGUUCCAACGUUUGAGGGUGCUUGAUCUUUUUGGGUCUGCAUUCGAGGUGUUGCCCAACUGGAUUGGUAAUUUGAAGCAUUUAAGGUAUCUCAACCUUUGUGACUGUCACCACAUCAAGAAACUCCCCAACUCCAUUUGCGAGUUGCAGAAUCUGCUCAGUCUUGGUUUUGCUGGUUGUGAUCAAAUUGAAGAGCUACCUAAGGAUAUGAGGAAGAUGACCCGUCUCAUAUUCUUAUCAUUAACUACAAAACAACGAGACCUUAAUGGUCAUGGAUUAGAACACUUGAAAUCUCUUCAAUUCUUGAUCAUAUGGGGCUGUGAUAAUCUGGAAUAUUUGUUUGAAGGGAUUCAAAACCUCACAUCUCUUCAUACAUUGGGUGUUGCCAGUUGCAAGAACUUGGUAUCACUUCCACAUGGUUUGAAUAAUCUUACUGCAUUACAAACUCUAGUCAUUGAGAUUUGUGAGAAGCUUGUUUUGAGUGAGCUGCAGGGAUUCAAAGAGAAAGAAGAUGAUGAUCAUCAAGGUUUCAGCCUUCAAUCAUUGGAAACUACAUAUUUACCAAAGCUGGAGGCUCUACCCCAUUGGCUUCUACGGCGAUCUGCCAACACUUUUAAGAAUCUGAUAAUUAAAGACUGUGAGAAUCUCACAGCUUCACCGGAGUGGCACGAUCUCACAUCAUUUGAAAAAGUUGAGAUCGCACGUUGCCGACGAUUAUCAAGUCUGCCAGAAACCAUGCAGCUCCUCAAACGAUUGCAUAUUGAAGGUUGUCCUGUUUUAAGUGAAAGAUGCAAACAAGAAGUUGGAGUGGAUUGGCCCAAGAUUGCUCAUGCUUCUCUUAUAAGUUUGGAUGGCAAUGUAAUUUCAGUUGAGGAUGAUUGAAGAGCCCCUUAUUCUCUGUA